CGCGAUACGGUGCGCGCUGUGUCCUCCGGACACAGUGGAGACCCGAUCGUCGUACGGGACUUCUGUGUGAGGUCCCGAUCAUGUGAUCACUGAUUGGUCAAUCAGUGAUCACAUGCAGAGUAAACAGAUCUUCAGUAGACAGCCCCUCAGCAUUCAUGCAGCCAUUGAGAAAUACUGUGCAAGCUGUGAUUGGUCACAGCAUGUCACAUGGUACAAGGCUGUUGUGAAUAGCCUUGCACCAUGUGAUCACUGUGAUCAUUCACAG